UUGAAAUUUUAUUGUUUGUUUUCAUUGAAAUAAAAAAAAAUCCUAUUACUUUUUAAAUUAAUGUUGGGGACUUUUCAAAUAACUUAUACUUAAAAAAACUAAAUAAUGUUGUUCGCUAAGCUACCUUGUUUAUUUAUCGCGUGCGUAUUGUUUUUUUGCGAGAUUCAUGCCUCUAAUCAUUGGAUGGUUACUGAAAGUGGCUUAAUACAGCCGAGGCUUGACUCGCCGUUUGAAAUGGCCCGUCCGUACGAUCUUUUAGCAUUUUUAAAUCAAGAAAAACGGUGGGACAGUAUAUCAGAUCUUUUUAACGAUCUUAUAAGUAGACAAAUCGAGAUAGACAAGCUUUGGACUAAUGUACGAAAAUAUACAGAUGUUGGAAUGCAGAUAGCCCAGAAUGAUGAUUGCGUAAAAGCUGGUAAUGUUAACAUAAUAGAUUGGUUUGCUGCUCUUCUAGAAGAUGGUUCUAAUAAAAUACAUCCAAAUGAAUUUUUGCUGCCCAAUCUUUAUUAUGGUCCAAACAGCGAUAUACCUGAUUGUAAACGAAUAUCAUCAUUGCCAUUUAGUAUGUCCGCCUUUGAGCACCUUGAGAGUCUGAGGUACAGGGUAAAUUUAACAGCCAACCCAGAAUUUGUUUUGCCAGAAUUAAUAUCUCCUAUCAUGACACUUGAUCAAUAUGGGCACUGGCUGACUGGGGUGCUUCGUCGUAAUAGUUCUUCUUGGCUACAUUAUCAUAUGGCAUCUUUAUAUUGGAGGGUUAGAGGCAGUGCAACGAAAGCUGUAGAAUGCUCUCGCCGAGCUUUACAUUAUGUUCCGAGAGUGUUCAAAGAUGUAGCUCUCGGGAGUCUUGGAAUGGUUUUACAUCGGUGUGGUAAAACAAAUGAUGCUAUAGUUGUACUCAAUGCAGCUGUAGAGCAUGAUCCAAAGAAUUAUGUGAGUCACUUUUCAAUUGCGAAUGCUUAUACCGUGAUUGGUGAAUUUAACACAUCAUUGAAAUUUUAUGACCAAACUUUAAAAUUGAAUCCAAGAAUGGAAUUGGCAAUAAGACACAAAUAUGGAGUGUUAUGUCAUGCAAAAUUAGCAGUCAGAAUAAAAGCAAUAAGGGAAAACUUGAACAAGCUACGUGGGGAAUUGAAUGAUUACAAACAAAAGGAGGCUGUGUGGCCUAAUAUGCAAGCAGAAUUCUUAAAAACUAUGAAAAAUGGAGAAGAUUUUGAUUAUAAAAAUAAGGAAAAGAACACUGAGAAGAUGUCGCUGAUAACGGGUUUGGAUAUAAAGAAAUUAAAAAAUUACAUAGAGAAAAAUUCUCUGAUAAAAUAUUUCAUUGACGGUCCAUUGUUUAGCGAUGAAACAUUGGGAAAACAGGGCAUUGAAGCUAUGGAGACCAUUUAUAACCUGGAGAAGCUUAUUAAGAACAUUAAUAAAAGUGGUCGCAGUGCCGUCGAUAUGUCAUUCCAGACUGAAAAGCCAAUCGAAUUAAACAAUUUUAAUGAUAAACCUUCUCCUGCACCAUCAAUUCCAGAUAAUCCAUUUCCGAAUGAGGCAAAACCAGUACAACACACCAAUGAGAAGAAGGUUACCAAAACUCCAAGAGAAUCUCUGUCUGAAUAUGAAACUGGUAUAUUUAUGUAUGCAUCGAUAACAAUUAAUAGAAACGUAGAAGACUUCGAUAAGGAGGUUGAAUGGCCAUCAGAUGAACUGUGCAUUAAUGUGCCGAGGAUGCCUAAAUAUAUAGACGCCGUUAUUCCAGUUUUCUUGCCUUUUGAGAAUAAAGGUAUAAGGAUGCGGUCUCUCCUGACUGAGAAGUUGGGUGUACCGCUGAGUGAGGAGCACGAGCUGCCGUGGCAUCCGCCUGUCUGCACGCAGGACAGAGACGCCGCGCACUACGCGCACAAGAAGAACAGACAAAAUACUCCUACAACACUAGAUACGGACUAUAUGCGGACAAAACUUCUGGAAUAUGUCAGCGAUGGAAACGUCGAUGCCGCUAAGCAUAUGCAAGAAGCCGAAAUAGGCCAGCGAAUUUACGCUGCCAUGAAAAAGAAACUGGCCCCGAAAUGGAUGCUGCUCACACUUUCGUCUCUAUAUUGGAGAGUUCGCAAAAACAAUGGAAACGCUCUACAUUGUCUCCACAACGCUGUCCGAUGGGUGCAGGAAGAGUACAAAGACUUGGUCUUGGUGUCACUGGGCUCCGUUUAUCUGGAAAUGGGUUACUACGACGAGGCUUUGGCGACCGCUGACGCGGCGUUUCGACUUAGCAUGUACGAGCCCGCGACUAACUUCCUGCUGGCUCAGAUAAAUAUGUUGAAAAAGAACCACAACACUCACAUGUUCCACCUGAAGCAGACGCUGCGGGUGGAGGCGGGCUACAUGGACGGGCUCGCGCGGAACUUGCUCACCAAUUGGGCCUGCCUCGUGAAACAGCUCAGUAAUUUAAAAGAAAUGGACAUGGGCGAGGGCGAUAUAUGUACGCAUGUUAAGCCAAUGGUCAACAUGGUGUGCGAGAAGGACGGCGAAAAUUGUCAGAUGAGUAAUAUACAAUGUUUCAGCAGCCAUGAUAGGGCCGAUAUUAGCAAAUUGGUGGUGCUACUAAGGGAAAAGGAUAGACACCAGACACUCGACAACCUGGACCCGAGUUUCUUCGACAGCUUCAUAGUAAACAGCCCCGCCGACAAGGCGGACCGGCUGGCGCACCACGCGCACUACGACGCCAUGGUGCGCACCAUCGAGAGCGCGCUCAAGGGCUGCGGCCCGGCCGGCUGCCACAGUCUCAAGCCGGAAGACAUGUCGAUGAAGGAGCAAGAUUGUUCGUACCAUCACUUCCAGUUAGGCUACUGGCUGCAUAUCGUCAGUUUUAGACAACUGCUCACGGAUUCUGAUGUCGAAAUGCCGACAGAAAUAACAUUAAUGUCGCCUUCGAACAAAAAAGUGCCCGAAUGCCGUUUAAUUGGUGACCCAAUGGAAGAUUUCGUCACUGAGAAACUAAAUCGAGUAAGCACGGAAGGCUGGGAGCCCGUGCUGAGCCUCAUGCAUCAGUUCGCAGAAAUGUUUGACUCAUUUGACUACAUCACCCUCGGAGCUAAGGUUGCUAAAUAUGUUGAAAUGCGGCCGAACUCGUGGACGGGCGCGCUGGUGGCGGGCUGGUGGUGCGGCGCGGGCGGGCGCGGCGCGUGCUGCGUGCGCUGCGUGCGCGCCGCCUACGCGCUGGCCGGCCGCGCGCACGCCGGCCGCGCGCGCGCGCACGCCGCCCUGCGCGCGCUCGUCGCGCUGCUGCACGUGCAAGCGAAGCAGCUGGACGCGAAGGAAGUGGCCUACUUGUCCUUCUACAUGUCGCCAAAGAGUAAGAUCGAAGCGUUCCUGGUUGCAGUCUCGCACUCCUAUCUCGCCGAGUACGAACAAGCUGUAUGGAUGUACCGUUACGCGCUCGCCUUCGACGAGAAGUUCAUUCCAGCGAAGGCCUGUCUGCACGCAACCAUGUGUCUCAUGUUCUAUGGAGAUAACCAGGGGAUAUCUAAGGAGGAAUAGUUAUUAUAAUCAAAUAUAUUGAAGGCAGGCCGUCAUAGAGGCUGACUAUGUACCAAUGUGAAAUAUGCAUAAGAAAUUGUUGGUAACAUUUUGAUGCGUUUCCACUGAAAUAUUUAUCACAAAACUUGAGUCUAUAGCACAAAAGUUUCCAAUUGUUUCAUUAGUGGAGACGCAGCUUUAUGUUUUUUUUUUUGUAUCAUAUAUAUAUAAUAAUAAUCUCAAAGGAAAGAUAUUAUGUCUUUUCGAAAUAGCUUCUUCCACAAGAUAUGAUACGAAUUAGAUUAACAUUAUCUAUUUAAU